AUGCAGUAUACUCAGGAUGGAGGGCCGAAGGAAGUGAGUGAUGAGCUGAGGGCUUACAGAACAGUGGACGAAUACUCAAAAUGGGUAGAGAUUCGUCCUGUGUCAAGCAAUACUUCUGAACGAACAAUCAAUGAACUACGACAACUGUUUAGCUCGUUUGGAUUACCUAAUCAACUUGUAUCUGAUAAUGGCCCUCAGUUUGUCUCGACCGAAUUCUUGGAAAUUUUUAGAUUGAAUGGCAUAAAGCAUUUUCGGAGUGCCCCUUAUCACCCAGCGACAAAUGGGCAAGCGGAGAGAUAUGUUCAAAUUUUAAAAAGUAAGCUGAGAACGAUGAGUGAGGAAGAGAGAUCCUUGAUUCAGAAAUUGCCACGAUUUCUCCUGACUUAUAGAUCGACACCUCACAGUGUAACUGGGUGUACGCCAUCAGAAUUGUUUUUGGGUCGACAGCUCAAAACCAAGUUAUCAUCGCUGCAACCAAAUGUCUCAACUCAAGUUUUAGAUAAACAAGCAGCUCAGAAGCAGCAUUAUGAUGCUCGUGUGGAAUCACGUUCCUUUACAACAGGAGAUGCAGUUUGGGCUCGUGAUUAUCGCCGUGAAGGUCACAAUUGGGUGCCUGGUACUAUCGUGAAGCAAUCUGGUCCCGUCUCGUACGAAGUUCAAACAGACAAAACAUCCGGGUUUACCUCAAAACGAAAGGAAACUACUGAUUUAGCAGGAGGACUAGGUGAAGUAGCAGCACCCAAGGAACCAAUUGAAGAUCGACGUAUGUCUAUUCCUGACAAGAUCACUGAGAAGAGUACUGAGACUGAACGGAGGUUCUGUGUUUCUUGUACUCAUGCCUACUACACGACAGGAUACAGAGACAUGAAUACAUGCAGAGACUUUCAACGUACACUAGAGAGUCAUGAACAUAUCCAUUUUGCAUGCCAUUCAAAACAAGAUCAAUGGUCAUAG